CCCCUCGCUCGCUGCUAGUGAAGCAAAAACGAAAACAACGUUUGCCGGCUUAAAGUGGGAGUCGAAUUUCAUUGGUUUUACGAUGAAUAUUUUAGUUAAAAUUGUUAUUUUAAGUGCAGUUGUGGUACAGAGAGUGCGAACUGUUAGUAUAGAUGAAAAUGGAUAUAUUCUAUACUGUCCGUGCAUGGGUCGAUUCGGAAAUCAGGCGGAUCAUUUUUUGGGUGCACUUGGAUUUGCUCAUGGGUUGAAUCGAACUCUCGUACUACCACCCUGGGUCGAAUAUCGGAAAGGGGAAGUCAAAUCGAUUCAGGUUCCGUUCGAUACGUACUUUCAGGUGGAACCCCUGUUGGAAUAUCACAAAGUUACAACGAUGGAAGAUUUUAUGAAGAAUGUGGCACCCUCACUAUGGCCUUCUCAGGAAAGGACUUCGUUCUGUUAUAUGGAGCGAAUAGGACUUGAUGGUAAAACGGACGGGGGUUGUAACGCGAAAAGUGGAAAUCCAUUCGGGCCGUUUUGGGAUACCUUCGUUGUAGAUUUUGUAAAAUCGGAAUUUUUUGGACCGAAGUUGAAUUAUGAUGUGUAUCAUCAUGAUAUGGCAAGUAAAUGGAAUGAAAAAUAUCCAGCGGAAAAGUGGCCUGUAAUCGCAUUCACAGGAGCACCGGCCAGUUUUCCGAUUCAGUCGGAAAAUAGAGAACUUCAUAAAUAUCUUAAGUGGUCGAAAAAUAUCGAUGAUGCUGCUCGUGACUUCAUCAAAAACUCACUGCCCAAAGGGGCAUUCAUGGGAAUUCAUUUGCGAAAUGAAAUAGAUUGGGUGCGAGCAUGCGAACACGUUAAAGAUAGCUCCAACCUGUUCUCCUCUCCACAGUGCCUCGGAUAUCGCAAUGAAAAAGGAUCGCUAACGCUAGACAUGUGCUUGCCCUCAAAAGACGUCAUCAUUCGCCAGAUCAAGCGGCAAAUAAAGAAUCACAAAGAGCUGCACAAAAACAACGAAAUCAAGUCUAUCUUCGUUGCUUCGGAUGGAAAUCACAUGAUUCAUGAUUUAAACGACGCUUUAAAAAGAAUGGACAUCGUGGCACUCAAAUUGUCAGAUAAUAACCCACAUCUGGAUUUGGCAAUCCUGGGAAUGUCUAAUCAUUUCAUUGGUAACUGUGUGUCAUCCUACUCGGCCUUCGUGAAGCGGGAACGCGAUGCUAAGGGAUUCCCGUCCACGUUUUGGGCAUUCCCCGCGGAGAAACACAUACCCAAGACAAAAGCAGGCUCGGCAUCGACUCAUGAAGAACUGUGAUGGAAUGGAAUUACUAGCAGAAAUUGACCGAACUGGGAAAAACGCGUUAACCUAGGUUUUUUUUUGUUUGUUUGUUUUGUUGAUGUGGUCGAAAUAAUAAAGCAGAAAAAGUUUGUGGCUUACGAACGAGUCUCGGUCUUGGAUGGUUUCGCCGCAUGCUAACGUCAAUAGUUGCAGUACACAUACUACUGUAUCGCUGUUCAUGGGCGUCCUUCGCGGUACGUUUGGCUAGCUCCGGCAGUUUUGAAGCUGCGAUGAUGUGCCUGUUUUGACGAAACUAUUGCAAACAGAUACCGCUUGAAAGGCUAGGCCACGAAACCGUACACGUUAUACUGCAGCGCGAUAAUCAUGUUCCACUUGAAUGAUUUUCGUAGUUAGGUUAAAGUAAGUUGAAGCAGCCGACUUAGUGCAGUUGAUAAUGUCACGUUUUUGUGACUAUUCUACUAUUUAUUUACUUUCUUGGAUAAAUUUAGUUUUUUAAAUUAGCAUACGAAACAUUAUUAUGAUUCUUGAUCUACUUGAAACAAUUAGAAAAAAUCAGCUCAGAAAUUCAAUUACUACUCUAACGCGUUUUUUAGGUAAAUUAUGCAAUAGCAUUAAUAGGAUUAUUGACAUGAUCUACAAUUAUAGUCUAAUAUCAAAUUAAAUUAUCAAAUUGCAUUCGAUAAAUUCGUUGACAUUUAUUUAGCAU